AUGUCCCAAUAUAUCGGUAAGACUAUAUCAUUGAUCUCUAUUACUGACAACAGAUAUGUUGGUUUGUUAGAAGAAAUCGAUUCUGAAAAGGGUACUGUAACUUUAAGAGAUGUUCGUUGUUUUGGUACUGAAGGCCGUAAAAAUUGGGGUCCUGAAGAAAUAUAUCCAAAUCCUAAAGUUUACAAUUCAGUUAAAUUUAAUGGUAAUGAAGUUAAAGAUUUAAAUAUUUUGGAUGCAAAGCUAGAAGAUGUUCAACCAGUUAUGCCACCAACUGCUCCAAAUGCACAAACUUCACAACCUGCUCAACCAGCAGUAGCUGCUCCUCAAGUCCCUGCCGCUAUGGCAGGUUAUGGUGUUUAUCAACCAAGUGAAGAAUCUCAAGCUACUCCGUCAGUUGGUCAAGCCUCCGAAGAAAGACCAAAGGCAGCUGCCAACAACGACUCAAAACAAUACCAAAAUCAAAACCAACAUCAACAUCAACAUCAACAUCAACACCAACACCAACACCAACACCAAUAUCAAAAUCAAAGACGUCAGCAAAGACCCCCACAAAAGAUAGAAAUCCCAAAAGAAGACUUCGAUUUCCAAUCAAACAAUGCCAAAUUUACUAAAGAAGGUGUCGAGGUUCCUGUUGAAGCUGCUGCUGAAGAAUUGACUAAUGAAAAUGAAAAUAGUGAAGAAACACAAGAGGCAUUUUACAACAAGAAGUCAUCAUUUUUUGAUUCCAUCUCUACAUCAACCGAAACUAAUACUAAUAUGACAUGGACUGAAGAAAAGGAAAUGAAUUUAGACACCUUUGGUCAAAUGUCAGCCAGACCAAGAUUCAAUUCUAACAGAGGUAACUUCAGAGGCCGUGGUAGAGGCCGUGGAAGAGGAGGUCGUGGUCGUGGCCGUGGUCGUGGUAGAGGUGGUUAUAACAAUAACCGCGAUAACUAUAACCAAAGCGGCUCUAAUAACUAUAAUGAAAACUACGGUAGCUAUAGAAGUAAUGUCGAGUUCUAA